ACUGCUCUCAUCAUUGUCCUCAGUCUCAGUCUUUAUAAUGCGUCUUUUUGAACGACGUGGACGUGAAGCAUUUUCUUCGAUCAUCGGCGUUUCCUAAUAAUGAUACAAAACAAUGAAUAUGGUUUACAUUCAACAGCUAUGUUAUAUAUGCAUAUGUAUAUAUUUUUUCGUUUACUUGUGCAGCAACCAACUGUUUUGCAUCGGCUUUGUCUUCAACGGCCUCACUCUUACGAUUUUCGUCAAGUGAUUCAUUAGUGGAAUCUAAUGAAGACGCGAGAUCCCAAGAGGUUGCAGUUUCAGAAGACUCUAAAGAAUGGAGCACCAAACCGAUAUUGUGGGCAUAAACAUCGUCUCCAGUAUGCGAUGGGUCUGCUUCCUCAAUUUCGACCUCAUUGAUCAAGUCGUCAUUGUUGAAGUGCUCGACCUCUCGUUGCUCCUCUUCGACAACCAAAUAUGGAUUGCCAUCGUCGUCGGUAUGAUGUUCGUUUUCCUGCCGUUGCUGCUCUUCGACAACAAAAUAUUGAUUGCCAUCGUCGUCGGUAUGAUGUUCGUUUACCUGCCGUUGCUCCUCUACGGGAACAAAAUAUUGAUUGCCAUCGUCGUCGGUACGAUCUUCGUUUACUUGCAGUUGCUGCUCUUCGACAACAAAAUGCUGAUUGCCAUCGUCGUCGGUACGAUCUUCGUUUACCUGACCAAACGUUUGAUCCAUUCGGUAUGGGUCUGGAACAAUGCAUUUAACAAUUUUGUAACAACAACAGAGAACAUUUUAGUGGCACCAAAUUACUUACAUUUGCUCGGUUCUUUGACAGUUUGCAGACGGCGAUUUGGGUUCAAGACACGCUUAUGUUUACGUUCAUAGUGUAUUCUCAAGUUUGUUUUAUUUGCACAAGUUUGUUUGCACCGUGGGUACGGGCAGAUAUACCGAUCCACCAGAGCAUUGUGGAGGAGUUUGUGUCGAUCAAGAUCCCAUUUCGAAACCACUUUGAUUUUACAUAUGUCACACUGAAACUAUUGAAAUUGUGUUGCAGCAAGAGUUAGGAACAUAAAAUGAUCCACACAUUACCUCUAUUGGAUUUGGAGAUUGAUCGGAACCGUCAAUUUGGGGGUCCACUGUAUCAAUCGUCUCUUGGUUGGGAAUUGAAUCCAUUUUCAUAUGCAAACAAGUUUCACAAAACCGAGAAUAUCAAAUGAUAUUAAAACAAAAUGUGUUUGUUUUUUGUUUACAUCAGUUUACACAAUAAAGCCAAACUAAACCAUUCAAAACUGACAGCCAAAAAGUGGUGAAUAAUAAGUACGAAUUUCACCACGAACCGAUUGGUUGACGUUUACAGAGAGCAAUCACUUUCGUCCACUAUGACUGACUAUGACAGUGCACAAAUCCAUAUGAAACAUCGAAUAGCACACGAAUUCCGAAAAAAGAAUUGUAUAGUGACUAAAAAUUUAAAAAAAAUAUCAUAUAAGAAAAACAAAGAAAACAUCUGUGAAAAUGGAAUACCAAGACCAAAUUGUGACACGCCGAAAAAUGCGCAUGAUUCAAUUGGCCGGCAUGAAUAUCAAUGCCCGGGUGGUGAUCGAUCGACGAACCGUUUACGACACAGUGGUUUUAUUGCGACCAAAACCAGUUCGCCAGCCACGAUUGCGACGGUAUGCGUCUUUUCGAAGUCUCGGAACGCCGGAUGAUAUUUCAGAUUCAGAGUCGGUGGCGUCCGUUUCGUCUGUAGGAACUGUUGCUCGAUCGGAACGCAACUUCGCAGUUCCAAAAUCCAUUCUCAAAAAGCCAAAAGAUAAACCAUUUACAAUGAUUGGUCUCAAAAGAACUCUGCGAAGCAAAUCACUGCCGCAGCUGUCGCUGUCUUUGCCGCUGCAACCGUUGCCGACUGAAACUAAUCUGACUGAACCAGUCGAAUUGCCAAGUCAAUCCAUUGAAAAACCAUCUGAUGGAAACACAGACGGAGCCAAGGAGAAGACGGACGCGGAGAAGGAAAAUAUCCCACAUGACCCCACGAAAUAACUAGUUCAAAUCAUACUCACACUACCAUUGCGCAUACUCACCGAAAUUUCAUUGAAAAUGACUGAUUUUUUUUUAAAUUAUCGAUGAUAGUCUUAGCCAAAUGACAUUUUUUUCUUUGUAAAAUAAGAUAGAAGCACCAAAAUCUGAUUAGUGUUUCUUGAAGAAAUUUCUUCUUUGUGAUUUUUUCAGCGGUAUUAUUGCUUGCAAGCCAAAAUUUAUUAUAUGAAUAAACAUUUAUCGCUCAUAGUUGAGCUCUUGCGUUACAUUAUUUCAGAGACAUUUCUUAAAUAAAUGCAAACGGUUUUUUGACCUUUGUCUUUCAUUGGCUAUAUUUAUUACAAUUUUUUUUUCAAAUAAUUACAGUUUUCGAUCAAUUAUCUUUUGUUACGUAGAAACCGAUUCAAUUUUAAUAAUCAGACAAAACAACUUGAUUACUGAAUAUUUUCAAAAAUGAUCUUUUGUCCUUGGGUCAGAAUGUUGGUACAUUUAGAGUGAAUAACAAGCCAGCCCAACUGCUUAUUCACGAGCAUAUACCAGGGCGAAGUAUUCUACACACACGACCAAUGCCUUGAAUCCGUAUAGUACGGAUUUGAAUUCGGUGUAUCACAACGACAUAUUGGGCUUCAUUUUGUCAGUUCAGUGAGUCACAUAAACGAAUAUUGCAUUUCAAUGGAGGACUAAUUAAAAUCAAACAGAGAAAUGCAAUCAAUCUGAUUCAAUAAUAAUUCGCCCAGUAAUUUUUGUCCGAAUCGAUUAUGAGCAGUUGGAUAGCCUUUAUUGCGCCUGUCAAAACAACGACUGGAAACUGCAAAUGACAUUGACACAUAUAAAACUCACCACAGUGAAGCUCGAUACAUUAAACAUUUCUAUCUAAGCGGUUCAAACCAAUUUCAUGAACAAAAAUAUAAGAACACAACAUUUAAUAAAUUCAUGGGUGAAAAAAAAAUGAAGCAGCCAACCAAUAUAAUAACAAAAGACAAUUUUACUAAGAAUUCAUUUUUCUUUUGUCAAUUUGUUGAUUUUUUCCAAAAAAAUAUUUAUAGCAUUCAUCACAGAUAGAUGUAUAUAAGAAGCUUCAAGGGCACGACGUAUGAUGGCGUUUUUUCUGGUCAAAAAAGUUGCAAUAUCCCUUUGCCCACAACAUUGUAAUAUAUCAUUUUGAGUACAGCAUGCGCACUCUCUACAGCUUCAACCAUGUCAUCCAAUAAAUUUUGGAGUAAAGAAUUAGUUAAACACGAUCCAAGCCAAACAAAAAAAAAAGUACAACUCAUUUCCAAUGCUGAGAUAAACCAACGAAAGCGAUUUCGAUUCCGCUUAGGAAAUAUGUUCAGUUCUCGCGCCAACAGUGACGCACACACACCCAUCGUUGUCGCGUUGAAAAACGACAAACGCCGAACGAGUGAGCAGAAAAAAAGCACACACGAAGAAUUCAUUCGCUUACCCCAAACGAAAAUGAUAUGAUCACACAUGGAAAACGAAAGAUAUACUCAUGUUAGUGUCAUCGAUAUGGUCAUAUACACAGCGCGACAUUAAGCAGAGCAUAUUAAUAUUAGAUUUUUGCCGAGCCGAAACAGUGUAGCGCAAACUCACUUACACAUAUGGGCAGUGUUCGUACAAAUGGAGACAUGGAUUAAAAUAUGUAAUUUGCAAUGCAUUCACAAAUUGUCGUUGGCGUCGAAUGUCGUCAUAACAUGACAAAAACACUGGCGAAAAACGGGAAAUAUCGUCGGAAUGAGUGAACAAAUACGAACGGACGCAGCACACACACAAACACACACAUACAUAUGAGCCAUCCGGCGAAGACUUAAAGCCAAGCUUGUAGCACAUAAAUAAUAGCUAACGCUAAAUCUGGUGGUAGUAACGACAUUAUGAAAAAAUAUAUCUGAUUUUGCCUUGCGAAUUAUGAAGAAAAAUUGAGGGUACAGGAGCUUUUGAAAAAAAAAAGAACUGAACGGAACUAAAUACGUAGAUUCCAUAAUUCAAUACAUGACAUUUCAUACGGCCCGCUUAAUAGGUCAACAUAUAAAGUUUAAUUUUCACAUUUACAUCCCUCCACCUCAUAUUGUGCGCCUUGCAUCGCCACCACUCACCGAAUGUAGAACAUUCGACGAAAUUUUCAUACACACACAUACACAGGAUGUUGCACCAACUGAUUGUUUGCAACUGAAUAGGAUACUUAAUUGAAAGAGUGUCUCUUCUAUCGUUAUAUAUGUAUAUGUGUUUUUUGUUGAGCAUUUUGCCACUUUGAAACUUUAUCUUUACAGUUUUCCGUAUAGUAACUAACGAAUUUGAGUGGUUACCAAUCAAUGAAUUCUAUCGUAGCCAUAAUGUGAAUUUAGUUAAGUUCAUGUGUUCAAGUGAAUUUACACUUUGGAUAACUAAUUUUCAAUGGAAUUUUAGUUAGCAACCACAUACACACAAUUGCCACUAACAUCUCUAUGAACACCCUGUGUGUCUCACACAGAGAUAGAAAGUCAACACAACAUUGUUGUUUAUGUGCGUACAUGUUAGAUUUUAGCAUUAAACAUGUACAUUUUGUUCAUUUCUGUUUUGGGCUGCGUUUGUUUGUUCAUUCUCAUUUACUUUUUUUUCGAACUGUUUGUGUUCUGAUAACAUGCAAUUUUGUGUCCUUUUAUUGUCCAGAGCACACGCUUCCAAUGUGCGGCCAUAUCUUUUUCUCUUCGUUUUUCCUCAAUACAUGCAAAAAUGGUAAACAGAAACCGUCCGCUCCAAAUACAUUAAAUAUAUCAGGGCAGUAGCUUUGUCAUCGUAAUUUUUGUUAUCCGGUCGGGAGAAACACGCAACACAUUAAAACAAGCACAACUUCACCGUCAUCAUAAUUUCCACGUACGAGGAAGUGUGUAUGUGGUUGGAUUGUAUUUUGAGCUUAGAAUACACCAUUGAUUAUUGUGGUUUUUGGGUAGUUGGUUCUGGAACUGUACAGGAAGAUGUUGAAAUGCUGAAGCAUCUAUAUAAUACGAUUCAAUUUUCAUUUCACCAUAACAACCCGUUCUCUAUUCGCAUUGCGCUCAUCAUGUUACGCUUGGAUUUUUCCAUACGCGUCGGUCGAAACAAUUUCGAACGAAAUGAUGAUGGUUCGUUGGCUGGCUGGCUGGUUGCCUGCAUCAAACGGUCAAGACUUAGUCAAAUGUUACAGGCAACGGUUGUAUGAUUGUUUAUUUACUUGUUCACCACAUUUGAAAGCUCUUCAUCAUCCCCCGAGAGCGAGUACUGAACGUGAAUAUAUAAAGUCUCUCAUGUAACGAAUUCCAGUGUGUACGCAUGUUUCGGUUCAAUUUGAUUGAAGUGCGUAUCACCACUAAUUAAACCAUUCAUAUUUUCAUUUUAUGGCCGGGCUGCAGCAACCUUACUACGGAUAUUAUAUACUUAUGAAUGUCAAUCGUCGCGAGUUUUCAAAUAUUCUGAAAACCAAACAACAGCUUGUGGUAUUUUUAGCUUAUUUCGAAUGAAUGACGGAUACAAUUAAACCUGAACGGUUCAAAUUUUGGCUUCGAAAUAGAAAUAUAAAAGCGGUCGGCACAACUGUAGUACUACGAAUAACCAUGUAAAUAUAGAUUUGCUAUUGUGCUUUUGAACAUACGAAAACGGACUCAACAAUUCCAUUCGAAGGCUCCAAAAUCGUCAAGUUUUCAAUAAUCACUUCCAAUUAGAUCCAAUUAGUUAAUUCGCUUCGAAUUUUGUGUCCACCUUCCGUCAUGAAAUAAACGACGAUUUUCGUUGUCUAUGCAAAUAUUCAAGUUUGGUUUGACAUUUAAUUCAGCUGCAAACUUUUCAAUUGGGAGAGUAUGGUUCCGUUGUUGAACAAGUCAUAUGUAGGAGAUUUAUAUUUAUAAUGAUUGUCGUUUGGUCAUGUUUUCGAAAAUGUCGCAUAUCGUACAGUUUGAACAGAAUAAUUUGUCGAAAAUUGUGCAUGUAAAUGCGACGGAAUCAGAUAGCAAAAACAUGGGAAAAUACUUUAUGCCCAAAAGAAAUCUCCGCAAAAGCUAUGAGAAUUGACAUCGAACAACCUGCAGUUGACAUCGCAUAGGUCCUCAUCAUUAGAUCAUCUACAACGAGUAGCUGCAUUUUUCAAGUGGUUUAGCUUUUUCGACUGCAAACCAACAUUCGGAUUUAAGUUAUGAUAACGACAGAUGUGUCAUUGGAAUUUCCAUUAAAAGUCCAAACUAUGUGGUUUAAUCGGAACAUUUUCAUUGCUUAUAGUCUGCCGAAAACAAUUUCGAAAAAGAAAAAACGAAAAAA